AUGAAGGGAGACUGCAGACCUCAACUCACUACCCCAAAUGUCCUCUGGUCUCUAGAUCCUGAAUCAUCACGCCCCACCUGCCCUUGUUAGGAGACCUGAAACUGGAAUUGGGCACAGGACACAUCUCAGCCUUGAGACCUUUGGCUGAGGCUGAGACAGUGCCCCAGCUCCUAUCUCGUGACCCACAUCAGGGCAAGGGCUUACAUCAGAGGAGUUAUUCCCGCUGAGGAUGGGAGGCAAUUUCCUGCCUGGAAUCUUGGCUCUCCAUGCAUCCUUCACACCACCCUCCACAAAUCGGCAGGAUGUGAAAUCGCUGAGUCAUCUGCUGCUUCCUGGUUCCUUUCAAAAAUCUCAGUUCCCUUAUUUGAAAAAAUAGACAUAUAUUUAUUUGCCUCGGUGAUCAUUUCUCAACACUCCCUCACCCCAGGAGCCUCGGGAGCCCCCGGCAGGCCAGCUCUCCUCCUGAAGAAAUUCUCCAUGGCCACCGUCUCCCUCCUCCUCCUCCUCCUUCUCUCUGUUGUCCUAGAGGCCAAGGUCCCAUCCUCCUCACGAGGACCUUACAACCCCUCAGAGUGCUGCUUCACCUAUGUUUCCCAGGCACCCCCGCGUCGUCGGAUUAUAGACUAUUAUGAGACCAGCAGCGAGUGUCCCAAGUCUGGAAUUGUCUUCAUCACCAAAAAGGGGCACCCCAUCUGUGCCAACCCAAAGGAUGAGUGGGUCCAGGACUAUAUCAAGGAACUGGAGGAGAGCUAAGUGAUCCAGAAGCGCUGGAGAAGGGCUCAGCUCAGCCGAAAGAAAUGAAGAGGCCAAGGCCCCUCCACCCCAACCUUCCCCCACCACUCCUGGGAGCUGCCCUGCCUUGAAUUAAAGACUCCCUCAUGCCUUU